AUGUUAUUCAUUUUAGCCGCUUUAGCCGUUACAGCAGCCGCUCAAGGCCUCAACAGAACCUGUCCAGUACCAUUAUCACAGCAGCGCACGAAUCUCACUACAAUUGGACUAUGUUCUGCGGAUUUGGAUGUCAUCGGUCCAGAAUUGCAAGCUGUUCAUGAGUAUGUGCGUGCUCCUACUGGAUUGGCUGUAGAUUUGGAUGCCAAUCUUUUCUUCACCUAUGCACGCAAUAUGGAACCACAAAACUGGACUCUCACAAAGGCCACUGGGUUCAAUAGUGAGGCACCUUGGCCAUCUGCAGAAUGGUAAAACUGUGCUGCUGGUCAAAAUGCAUCAGAAUGCUUUAUUAAUGUUCAAAAUGUGGUUUUGGAUGCGGAGGGUGUGUUUUGGGUUAUUGAUAGUGGAGUUCCCAAUGGAGCGUACGUUGAUAUUUCUGUUUUUGUUUCUUCGAUGAGGAGUCUGAUAGUAGGACUUUCUGAUUCAAGAAUAUCAGCUGACUUAUUCAAAGUGCCCAACCAACUCCAUACGGAGCCAAGGUCAUCUCAUUCAACUACACUACUGCAGAGGUAAUCCGCACCUACAUAUACCCACCUGAGCUCUACAAUGUCAAGCUCCAAUUGAACGACAUCAAGAUCAACAAUACUCUUGGAUAUGCAUUCAUCACUGAAGACUCAGCAUACGGGUCCAUCUCAACCAUCAACUUGAAGACAGGAGCAACCGUCAGACACAUCUUUAACAGCAGUUUCACUACCCCCGAUCCAAACUUCAUUUCCAUGUACAAUGGAGACGUCAUCAGAAACUGGUCCGGUACUAAAUCUUCUGUUCUCAACUCUGGAACUAACGGCAUUGCAUUAACCGGAGGCAAUGUAUACUGGGGAGUUAAGGCUUCCAACCACUGGUAUUAUGCUCCUCAAGAAGCAUUUACCUCCAACUUGAACGAUGCAGAAAUCGAAGCUGUAAUUCAAAAUCCAGGAAACUUUCCUUCUGAGCAAGCGGGUUUCACUGCUGAUGACCGCGGCCGAGUAUAUAUUUGUGCUUCUGCUGUUGGUAUUCUUUUACUCUGCUCUUUUUUCUCGGAUUACUAACAACAAAACUUAGCAAAAUGCAAUCCUAUAUGCCGAUACCCAACAAUCUGAAGUCACCGAUGAGAUUAACGGCGUCCCAGCCGGUGGCUCCGGAAUGGUAGCAGCCGCAAACUAUAACCUCAAGUCACUUGUUCGUGGUGGUCAGCUCCAGGCUGCAGACACUAUGGCUAUCUUGGAUGGAUGGUUAUACUUUACUACCAACCAACAAGGACUUGCUCCUGGUAGACAGUACAAGAAUAUUGAUAAGCGAAGAGGUCCUUUCAGAAGUUACCGUGUUUGGAUUGGUAGAGGUCCUGCUUAA